CCGUGCGCGUCUCCCCUGAGGCGGGCGGGCGGCCGGGCCGGGCGGAGGCCGCGGCCGAGCCGGGGGCUCGCGUAGAUGUGCAGCCCGGGGGAGGCCCCCCCUGGGCCGGCCCCGGCCGGGGACCUGCCUCCGGAGUGGGAGACGGAUGACGAGCGCAUGGCCUUCCUAUUCUCGGCCUUCAAGCAGAGCCGCGAGGUGAACAGCACCGAGUGGGACAGCAAGAUGGCCUUCUGGGUCGGGCUGGUUCUGGCCCGCGGCCGGCGGCGCGGCGCGGUGAGGACGUGCCUGAGGGAGCUGCAGAACGGCUUCGAGCGGCGGGGCAGCGUCCCCUUGGGGCUCGGCACCGUCCUCAGGGAGCUGCUGAGACGUGGGAAGCUCCAGAGGGAGUCAGACUUCAUGGCCAGUGUAGACAGCAGCUGGAUCUCAUGGGGUGUGGGAGUUUUCAUCCUGAAGCCCCUCAAGUGGACCCUCUCCAGCGUGCUGGGGGACAGCAAAAUCCCCGAGGAAGAGGAGGUUCUGAUUUACGUGGAGCUGCUGCAGGAGAAGGCAGAGGAGGUGUACCGCCUGUACCAGGGCUCUGCUCUCUGCUCCCACCCCGUGGUGGCCCUGUCCGAGCUGCGCUCGCUCUGCGCCGCCCUCUGCCCCGACGAGAGAACCUUCUACCUGCUGCUGCUCCAGCUGCAGAAGGAGAAGAGAGUCACCAUCCUGGAGCAGAAUGGAGAGAAGAUUGUGAAGUUUGCCCGAGGCCUCCACGCCAAGGUGUCCCCGAUGAACGACGUGGACAUCGGGGUUUAUCAGCUGAUGCAGAGUGAGCAGCUGCUCUCACAGAAGGUGGAGUCCCUUUCCCAGGAAGCAGAGAAGUGUAAAGAGGAUGCCAGGAGUGCUUGCAGAGCUGGGAAGAAGCAGCUGGUGAGUGGAAAUGUCCUGGAGCUGCCCCAGAGCUGCAGCUCAUGCCCAGGGUUAGACCUGGGCCCAUCCCGGGGUGUGGGGUGGUGGCUCUGAAGCCAGAGCUCCCCU